GGUCCUGCUCGGCCAGCAGGCUCACGCUCGUCAUCGACGGCAGGGCGUCGGAGCUGAGGGACGACACGGGGGGACCGGGCCGAGACGGGGCUGUGUGUGCGCUGGCGGGUGGAGGCUCGCUCACUCUCGGGGCUGCACAUAAUUAUGUAGGAGACAAAAUGGUGGUGGAGAGUGGCACCAACCUGCAGGGACGUGUGACCAUGUUCAGGGUGUGGGGCAGAGAACGCAGCGUGCACGAGAUCGCCACCAACACCUGCACCGAUGGUGAUGUCAUCAAGUGGCACGGAGACGUGUGGCUCAAUCAUGACUGCACACCUGUAGUAGACCAUACGGUCAAAUGUGUGUGGUCUCUGUAUGAGCUGAAAGUUCUGCUCCUCAUCCUCGGCCAUAACAACCCCAUCUCCUCCACUUACCAGGCUCGAAACAUCACAUAUCACUGGUUGAGAACAGUUCUACCUGAGAAUAUUCAGCUGCCUACAGUAGUUGUGUUGAAGGCCAGAAGUUCUGCUCGGUUCUACACAGGAAACAAAACUGGUACAGGAAGUCAGAGGGACAAUCCUAAUGCAAACUGGUUUGAGGUUUUGGCUCAUCUGAAUGUGAUACCGUAUGAAGAUGUGGGAAAGAUUCAGGAACAAGUCGUGAUGAUCCUCAGACACGGUUACAUCUCACCUCAGGAGUAUGUCCUGGUUACACAUGAGGACCAUGUGCAUGUUUACCCUACAGACUCGAAUGUAAUUCCUCAUUCAACACCGGAGACUAGCGUCACAGGUACAGGUUCAGCCUCCACCUCACCUGUUACACCUGAGUCUCCACCCACAGACAGUUUCUUUAAAGUGAGUGUGAACGUGACCAUCACAGGACCAGAGCAGGAUCCUGAACUCACUCUUCAGAGCUGGCUGCAUAAAACUCUCUCUUCUGAAGGAAUGUUUGUGCUGAACUUUCGAUUAACGUCUCAACAAUCAGGGGGUCGAAGUUUAGAGGAAUGCAGCGGCUCAUCGAGUAUGGGAUUUUUUCUGAACUCAGCUCAAAGCUGUGACUUUCAGAUGCUCGUGACAUCAUGUUUGAACGUUGAUGAAACACAGAAUCAGAUCCGUCAGAUGUUGGAGCAGCCGUACAGCAGCGGCUCUGUGAACCUGGACGUUCACCACAUCCACAUCACACACAUAUACCCUGGUCAGUGUCUUCAACAUCCUCAGCAGACUCGUCAGGGUUUGUACAUUUGGAAGAGAACUCCAGCUCAGCAGAGACACAUACAGCCCUGUGAAGGAGAUACGACACACAGAGCAAUACGCCAGUGUUUGCUGUGUGCAGUGACUAGCCGUGCGGUGUGGGUCGCUCCGGACCUGAGCGACUGUCCCACUGUACUGAACACACUCUCGGACCUGGAGCACAUCACAGUCACUAAUGACACAGCAGAAGAUGUGCUAAAGAUAAUCAAGGACAUCAUGAAGGAGAGCGAGGCCCUGAAGGAGGGAGACCUGUGGCUGGUGCUGAACACACUGGAGGUUGUGCUGAAUGUCAGCAUCAUGACCUCUGACCUUGCACAAGUCAUCAUCAACAUCACAUCAGACAUCCUGAACUCAAAGAGUGACCUUCAUCAAUUCACUAACUAUAUUCUGAACAUCACAGACAUGGUGGGAAACAGAAUGUCUGAGCAGAACAACAGUUCUAUCAGUGUGGUGGCUGCAGCGUUAGUUCUGUCUGUGGUUAAUGUUUAUACGGAGAAUUUCUACAAUCUAACAUUUGGAGUCACAGCAAAGACCAACAACCCAAAUCCAGCGGUGUAUAUUAAUCAGGACCCAGCAGAGGGCACUGUGGCCUUCAUCUCACUCCCUCCAUCUCUCUAUGCCAGUUUUCCCCCAAACUACAACCCCAAUCCCCAAGUCCAAUUCCAGUUCUAUGGAGUUCCUGCACUCUUUCAGAAUUGUGAGAAAGGGAAAGUGUUGAAUACGUAUGUUGUAGCUGCCAGUGUGAUUAACGCAGAGCAGCCCAUCAGUGAUCUGAAGGUUCCAGUUGUUGUCAUGCUGCACCACCUCAACACCAACACACUCGGUAGAAACGUUCAGUGUGUGUACUGGAACUUUAAUAUGAACGGUGGUUAUGGAGGUUGGAGCCCCAGAGGAUGUUGGAAACACAACACAACUCACGACUACACAACCUGUUUCUGUGAUCACCUCACACACUUUGGCGUGCUGCUGGACAUAUCCAGGACUCCAAUUGAUGAAAAAAAUGAGAAAAUCCUCACUCUCAUCACGUACACAGGGUGUGGAGUGUCUUCUUUCUUCCUUGGUGUGACAGUGCUGACAUACACACUGCUGGAGAAGUUGAGAAGUGAUUACCCGUCUCAGAUCCUGCUAAACCUCUCCAUCGCACUGCUCGGCCUCAACCUCGUUUUCCUCGUUAACUCCUGGCUUUCUUCCUUUGGGGUGGCCGCACUCUGCGCUGCCGUGGCAACCACUCAGCAUUACUUCCUCUUGGCCUCAUUUACAUGGAUGUUCCUGGAGGCAGUGAACAUGUACUUAGCCCUCGUUAAAGUGUUCAACACCUACGUCUCUUCUUACAUCCUCAAAUUCUGCUUCAUCGGCUGGGGUGUUCCUCUCCUCGUCUGUUGUUCGGUGUUGGUGAUGAAACCCGACUCAUACGGACUCCUGCUGCUCGACAACUCAGACAUGUUCUGCUGGGUGUCAGACAGUGUGGUGUUCUACGUGUGUGUGGUGGGUGUAGUGGGGGUGAUUCUGCUGGUCAAUGCUUCCGUGUUCCUCUUAGUUCUGCUGCAGGUGAGGAGGGCGUGUUUGAGCGAGCACAGAGGUGUGAUGAAAGAGCUGCGAGGCGUCAUAAGUCUCACUCUGCUGCUCGGACUCUCCUGGAGCUCCGCCUUCCUCACCUGGGGAGAAGCCAGAGUCCUGUUACUCUACAUGUUCUCCAUCCUCAACAGCCUGCAAGGUUUCUUUAUUUUUUUAUUUCAAUGUCUGAUGAAGGAAAAUGUGCGUAAGCAGUGGAGAGUGCACCUGUGCUUCGGACGCUUCAAACUGCAGGAGUACUCAGAAUGGAGUCACACUCCUCCCAUCAUCAACAAACCCAAAAACACCCCAAUGCUGACUUUCCCCACUGCAGCUUCAGUCAGAUCCAAUAAAUCCAACUCAACUCAGAGCUCUUCAGCUUCCUCACACUGCACUGAACACCACUUCUCUGUGAACAGAGCUGACCUGGAUGUGGUGUAUCAGCAGAGCUUCAUCCUGCCUCGAGCACAGCGAGUACACACUCCACACCCUGAGGGCACACGGCACAACACACACUCUGUAAACUGGCUCCCUAAAGAGGUUCCUGACAACGACGGCUAUUUCAACUAACACUUUACACUGCUCUGGUGUGAUAAAUGUAGUGUGUAGUGUGUUCUGAGUAGUGUGUAGUGUGUAGUGUGUAGUGUGUAGUGAGUAGUGUGUAGUGUGUUCUGAGUAGUGUGUAGUGUCCUGAUAUUUUAUUUUCUUCACAUCCUAUAAUGACAUGUUUCUGUUUAAAUGAGCUGUGUGUUUACAUUCAGACACAAACUGAAGCAACUCAAUAAAUAUAACUCACAAUAUG